AUGUAUUAUAUUAUAUAUACCCGCUUAAUACUUAAAUCUAAUUCAAAUCCAUUUUCUCCAGCUCGUGGACCUUUUAUCAAAGGGCGAGAACCUCGGAAGGCUAAGCAGGCUAUUAACCCUCGUUAUACCUUCAAGGGCCGACCACUCCUCAUCCUCAGCAGUCGAGAGGCACUCAGCCAAACUCCUCUUAGAUUGACCGAUAGUCUUGGAGUCAACCGUCUUCUCCUCAUCGACAGCGGGCACUAUCUCACUCGAUUCUUUUGUCGUAACUUCAUUUUGUGCUCGAGGAAUAAACAGACAACUGCACAAUCAUCGGUUUUUGAGGUUGGGUACUUGAGCCGCCAUGCACGCGUGGCACAGUCAACGAGGGCUCGAGCGGCUGUUCCUUGGCUGGGAGCAGAGGCCACUAUGUUCACUGCUUCUUUAUUGGAUAGUACGUCCCAGACCUGUUUAUUACCCGAAAUAACCUUCAGAGAUCCGUUAUGGAGAAGAAAACCGGAAGAUCACAAGAAUUUUUUUCGCAAUUUGUGCGAAUUGUUUCGAUUUGCGUACCCCAUCAGUGGCGAGAAUUACGAAUUCGUCCUUCUCUGUAAUAUGGUGAAGUCUCCAAAUGCUCGAGCCAUGGCUAAGCCAGGAGAGUCACUGUUUGGAAGCCACACACGUGCCACUUCUGGCUCGUCUUGCAAUGCGAAUACCCUUCCUUUACAUUUUUGGAUCCUAGCAGCUUCCCCUGACAUACGAACGCCAUGA